AUGUUUGGUGGCCCUGGUUUGAAGGGGCGCAUUGCCCGGCAGCAAUUUGCUGCCUUUGCGCAGUCGAGUCGAUCGAUGUCCUCGUUUCGACCGCAGCUAUCAAGACUUUCCGUACAAAAUCCAAAUGGCAAGAUUCUCAGCGGAAGCACGACAUGGAGACGACCGGUGCCCUCGUUUGCUCUGCCAGCUGCUCGAUUGAAUUCGACAUCUUCCUCGACUCCUACGCAAGUGACCCCCGAAACUCAACCAUCAUCCGAGUGGGACGUCGAUAUCAGCCAAAUCCCCGAAAGCAUUGGCUAUCUGAAGGAACUGGGCUUAGACUACGGCUGGGGCCCGUCGGCAAUGGUUGAAUACAUUAUGGAACACAUUCACAUCUACUCAGGCCUUCCCUGGCUGGCUACUAUAGUCGCGACAGGUGUCCUCUUCCGGUUGGCGAUGCUACCUCUCUUUAUGCGUUCAGCGGAUAUCGGUGCAAAAUCCUUCAACGCCCAGCCUAUGAUUAAGCCGAUUCGGGAGAACAUGUUGAAAGCCGCGCGUUCUGGCGACCAGGUGGCGGCACAAAAGUUCAGAGCCGAGAUGGCUAGUCUCAAUUCCAGACUCGGGAUUAAGCCCAUGCAACAGUUUCUCCCGAUGCUUUUUCAAAUUCCCGUGGGUUAUGGUUGCUACCGUGUUAUCAAUGGCAUGUCUACUUUACCUGUUCCUGGCUUGGCUAAGGAACAGUUUGCGUGGGUCAGUGACCUCACGGUAUCUGAUCCGACCUUCCUUCUUCCCAUUAUGACCUGCGUGGGCCUUCAUUUGAGUCUUAGGAAAGGAAGCGAGGACGGAAACAUGAAUUCGGACAUGGGAACGCUCAGGAAAUUCAUUAUGUACGGCAUGCCUGCAGUGAGUUUACUUUUUAUGGCCUGGUGGCCCGCUGCGCUGCAAGUGUACUUCCUCACUACCGGUAGCUUUGGUCUCAUCCAGUCCUAUUUAUUCAGCAGCACAACCUUCCGCAAGGCCACUGGCAUAGCUCUCCUCGAGAAACAGGCCCCCGCGCAACCAUCCGGCAGCACAACCCCAGCUGAACCGAACAGGUCGCUCCGCAUGAUCACGGAAAUGUUGGAGCGCGAAAACGCCAAGAUCAAGGAGGCAAGGAAGGAUCUCGGCGAGAAAGAGAAGCUCAGCUUCGUCGACCGCGCCAUCAACAACAUCAAAGAGUCCAAGGACAAAUUAGCCAAGGAGACCACUCAGAAGAUGCAGGAGAUGAGCGGGAAUGGCCCCAAGUCGAAUUCCGAUGGCUCUCCCGCUGAGCCGCCCCGGCUCAGCGACAAGGACCGCAAGCUGGCAGAGGACUACGAGAGACGCCGCAAGGAAGAGGAGCAUUGGAAGCGGGAAGAGCGCAACUAUGCGAAGAAGGAGGCGUUCCGGCAGGCGAUGGAGCGGGAGAGGCAAAAAGCCAAGGAGGCCCUCAACAAGUCAAAUGUGAAGCGGUGA